AUGGCAACAUCAGCACUGUGCUGUACUGUGAUCACAGUGCUGAUGUUUAUGAUGAUGAGGCAUUAUAGGUUAAUAAUGCUGAUGAAGCAUGCUAUGAAUAACACAAAAGCCAAGUGCGACUCGUUACUCAACAUGUGCAGGAGCGAAAAAUUUGUAAUAGUCAUAACUUUAAUUUUAACACAAACAAGUGCUAUUGACGUUGCAUUAGAGAAUAAACAUAAAGAUACUAAUGAAAUAGAAACUGCAGGUAUAAAUAACAAUGUAGAAGACAGUAAUAGACCUGUAGAUGUAUUUAAUCGCAACGAUACAAAGAAAAUCAAUGAAAAUAUUGAAGAAUGUAUAGGUGAUGUGGAUUUCUGUAAUAUGACAAGAGAGGAUUAUAUACAAAUGUUAAACGAUUACAUAUACCCACAGACAUACGAAUGGAUACUAAUUGGCACUCACACAGCGGUAUUCGUGAUGGGAUUGGUUGGAAAUGCACUAGUGUGUGUAGCUGUUUACAGAAAUCACACGAUGCGAACUGUGACAAACUAUUUUAUAGUGAACUUGGCCGUGGCAGAUUUCAUGGUGAUUCUGUUUUGUCUGCCGCCAACGGUGCUAUGGGAUGUAACCGAAACAUGGUUUUUAGGGAAAUCGUUAUGCAAAGUCCUGCUUUAUUUUCAGUCUGUGUCAGUGACUGUGUCGGUGCUGACGCUGACCUUCAUUUCGGUGGACCGCUGGUACGCCAUCUGCUUCCCGCUCAAGUUCAAGUCCACAACUGGACGGGCCAAGACCGCCAUACUAGUGAUUUGGGCCAAUUCCCUUAUAUUCAAUGCUCCAGAAUUGGUAGUGCUGACAACAGUGAAGUCAGUGCCACUGAGAUUCGAACUGGAGUACCUCGUGCAAUGCAUGCCAACCUGGUCAUCACAGAGCGACCUCAUAUGGCAUGUCAUCAAAGUGGUUUUCAUUUACACCAUUCCACUCAUGCUAAUGACGGUAGCCUACUAUCAGAUAGUGAGAGUACUCUGGAAGUCUGAGAAGAUACCAGGACAAGCGGAGACCAUCAAGCUUGCGCCGGCCGAGCAGACACAACUACGUUCUAGAAGGAAAGCAGCUAAGAUGCUUGUGGCUGUGGUCAUCAUGUUCGCUGUAUGCUAUUUUCCUGUGCAUCUUCUGUCCAUCCUAAGGUACGCUGUAGAUAUGGAACAGAAUGAUGCAAUCACCUUCCUCGCUCUAGUGUCCCACGUGUUGUGUUACGCCAACUCUGCCAUAAAUCCUUUGAUUUACAAUUUUAUGAGCGGAAAAUUUCGCAGAGAAUUCCGCCGAGCAUUCUGCUGCUCGUCUAGUCCCAUCGGAGAGAACUUCACCACACUGACCCACCUCACCACGUCUAAAACAAAACGACCUUGUGAUCUCGUAACCUUCGAAUGCAGAACGCCUGCCCACUACAGGAACACUUGCAACAGCACCUUGAUUGGGAACGGUUAUAAGAAUGAUUGUCUUAGAUAA